AUGAGAGACCUUAAAAGAUUUCAUCUCUAUGCUAAAUUAAAUGCGAAUUCUUGCAAUGCUAAUAAUAUUCUAUCAAAGUUUGAAAAUCAAUAUUGGAUUGAUCAUAAUUUAUCAUUUGAAAUGCAUUUAAACUACUUUUAUGUAUUACCAUUUCAUUUUGAUUAUCUUUAUGAAAUUUAUAAUAAUUUUAAUAAUAUUAUAUCAAAUCAACCAGAAGUUUUAAAAACGAACCUUAAACAAUGGUUUUAUGUCAAAAUUAUUGAUUUAUGA